ACGGCGCCGCUCUCACUCCGUCCGGCGCUCUCCCCCCACCUCCACCCCCCCAUCAUCCGCAUCGCCUUCCCGUUCCUCCCUCUCACCACUAGCACCGUAGCACGUCGUCACACACACAGACACACACACACAGACACACAGACACACACACAUACGGCACAGACACACACACAGACACACACACAGGCACCCCCCCCCCCCCCCCCCUCGGUCUUCGCCAUGGCGGACAGGAUGAGGAGCUCUGCUCUCGCCGCUCAGUUGCUGCCUCUCCUCUGCGCGUCUCUGUCCCUGCAUUGUUGCGUGGGGGGCUCGCUCCGCGGAGGUGGGGGGCUCGCCGACCCGCGCGAUGCUCAACAGAUCGCCCCCCCCAAAGAGGCCGCCGGCCCCGAGAUAUCUUCCCACCGUCGUCUGACUUCUGUAGAAGUGCAAGCGGCAGCAGCAGCAGCAGGAGCAGCAGCAGCAGCAGCAAGAGCGGCCCCAGUAGCAGCAGUAGCAGCAGCAUCAGCGCAAAGAGGAUCGGCUUCAUCAUCAGCAGCAGCAGCGGCGGCAUCCGCUGCAGCGGCGGGAGCCCGAGGGGAGAAGAGGGUCGAGGAGAGCCAUCGGCGUGACAGCGUGAACCUGCUGAUCUUCAUCCUGCUGCUUAUCGUCACCAUCCUCACCACUUGGCUCUUCAAGCACAGGCGCGUACGCUUCCUGCACGAGAGUGGCCUGGCGCUCAUCUACGGCCUGCUGGUAGGCGUGACUCUCCGCUAUGCGUCCGUCCCGGGCCCCCCCACGCCGCCCCCCCGACUCGACUGCCCGCUGGUGGACGGGGGGCCCGACACGCUGGUGGUGAAUGCGAGUGGCCAGCUGCUAGAGUACACGCUGCGCCGGCGCGUCGGCCCCGACUCAGCGCCCGGGCACCCCGAGAACCAGCUGCUCCAGCAGGCGACCUUUGACCCAGAAGUAUUUUUCAACGUAUUGCUCCCUCCAGUAAUCUUCUACGCCGGGUACAGCCUCAAGAGGCGGCACUUUUUCCGAAACCUGGGUUCAAUCCUGACAUAUGCAUUCCUGGGCACUGCGAUAUCCUGCAUCAUCAUUGGGCUCAUCGUCUACGGCUUCACGCAGAUCCUCGUCGCCAUGGGGCAGCAACGCAGCAGCGGAUUCUACUUCAACGACUGCCUCUUCUUCGGCGCCAUCGUGUCCGCCACUGACCCAGUGACCGUCCUGGCGAUCUUCCAGGACCUGCGGGUGGACGUGGAUCUGUACGCGCUGCUCUUCGGAGAGAGCGUCCUCAACGAUGCCGUGGCCAUCGUGCUCGCGUCCUCCAUUGCGCUGUACAGCCCCGCGUCGGGGAACCCACACUCGUUUGACGCCAGGGCCUUCUUCAGCGCCGUCGGCCACUUCGUGGGCGUCUUCAGCGGCUCCUUCGCCAUAGGGGCCUCCACGGCCGUGCUCACCGCCCUCAUCACCAAGUUCACGAAGCUGCGGGAGUUUGUGCUGCUUGAGACGGCGCUGUUCUUCCUGCUGUCGUGGAGCACCUUCCUCCUGGCCGAGGCCUGCGGGAUGACAGGGAUCGUGGCGGUGCUGUUCUGCGGCAUCGUGCAGGCGCACUACACCUACAACAACCUGUCGGAAGAGUCGCGGCUCAGGACCAAGCAGUUCUUCGAGUUGCUCAACUUCUUGGCGGAGAGCUUCAUCUUCUCGUACAUGGGACUGGCGAUGUUCACGUACCAGCACCACGUCUUCAAUCCGAUCUUCAUCGCCGGCGCCUUCCUGGGCAUCUUCAUCGGCCGAGCGUGCAACAUCUACCCGCUCUCCUUCCUGCUGAACCUCGGCCGUCGCCACCGCAUCGGCUGGAAUCUGCAGCACAUGAUGAUGUUCUCAGGCCUGCGUGGGGCCAUCGCGUUCGCUCUGGCCAUCAGGAACACGUCGCUGCCCGCCCAGCAGACCAUGCUCACCACCACGCUCUUCAUCGUCUUCUUCACCGUGUGGUUCUUCGGGGGAGGCACCACUCAGAUGCUCGCGUGGCUCAACAUACGUGUGGGCGUAGACCCGGACGACGACUCCUUCACAGAACCUUCACGCAGAUCGUUGCGAUUGUCCCCUGUGCCACCCUGCUGCAUCGCGCAGGACUCAUCCCAAGGCCUCGGGGGUCGCUCCACCAAGGAGGACAGCGCCUGGCUCUUCCGCGCGUGGUACAACGUCGAUCACAACUACCUGAAGCCGCUGCUCACGCACGCGGGGCCCCCGCUCACCGCCACCCUGCCCGGCUGCUGCGCACCCCUCGCCCGCCUCCUCACCAGCCCACAGGCCAUGCAGAACGAGGGACGACUUCGCGACGAAGAUGUCGUCAUCCCAGAGACGGAGCUGUCAUUCAACAUCGGGGGCGGAGUCGACUCCAGCCACGCCCACCGGCACGCCAAGCCCCGCCCCGACGGCAGCGAUGGCCAAUCAGAGCGCGGCGCCUUCGGGGGCCCCUGGGGGCCGGGCGCCCAGGAGCUCCGCCCCACUCACGUCACCGCCCCCUACAACAGCGGCCACGCCCCCUACGGCGGUGGCCCCGCCCCUUACGGAGGUGGCUCCGUCCCCGUGGAGUUCAGCUCCGCCCCCACGGACUUUGGCUCCGCCCAGACGGGAUCAGGGGUCAACACUGGCAGUGUGCCCACGUAGAGAGAAGGGCCCCCAGGGGCCACGGAACACUGAUGGACUGCGACGCAGGCGAAGCUGCCUCCAUCGCAGCUGCCGCCCCGUCUCACCCCUCCGCUUUCCUCGUUUUGCGCACACGUUGACGUCACUUCGUUCAUUUACAGGAGCAGGCGGUAGCGGUGCCCGUAGCCGUGACCAAAAUCGAGGAUUCGAAAACGUGCUUAGAUUUUCAUUUUUUUUUAAUUCCUCUUGUAACAAACAAAUAAAACGAUCGCCCCGUGUAUGUCCUCGCAGUCGCUCGCGUCUAGCCGGUUUGUCCCAUCGGCACCUUCAUGGCUGUUCUCGUUGAAGCCAGCCGUGCGGCCGAGACGAUUUUCCUUCCAUUUCAGUUUGUGUCCAGUAAACGCGAUUCGGCAAAAGGGACGUUAGAAAACGAAAAUCGACAUUGCAGUGACCGGCGCGCCGGAACUGUUUAGCGACUGCGGCGUCGCCGCGCGACGCUGACGGGCUCGUGGCUGCGUUUGUCCGGGAGGCGCUCUCGCGAGCUGAGCAAUAAAAAUCCGCGUCAGCGUUGGCAGCAGGCGAGCGUUGGUGCGGAAUUCAGUUUUCUCGCAGCAGGCAACUUCGAGCAAGACGUCUGCAUCGUCCGCCCAUCGCGGUGUCUUGUGGGUCUUUUGGACAACAACAAAAGUUACGACGUUAUUUAUCAUCGGCCUGUUUGUUAUGUUCCCGCUGCAGAUGUCAAACUCACGCCUUUCAACGCUGCUGCCAAACCGGUCACUAAAUUUACGACAGAAAUUGGCCACGUCAGUCAGUGCUCAUGAUCCCGAGCGAGGUUCAAGCCACCGGGCAAGGCCACAAAGCGGAUCGUCUCGUUGCUGUGUUAACGCCUGCAUCGCAGCCAGUGGUGGCGGUGGCUUGGCGAGAUCCUUCAUCCAGCGGUAGAUUGACCACGUCUGAUGAUGGCGACGAUGAUGAUGAUGGUCCCGCAGAAAGCUCAGCACAGGUGCGAGCGCUCGAAAGGCGCAGUGCCGAGUGGCGCGCUGUGUUUUUAGCGAGCCCAGGAAUGCGCGCGACCACGCACGGAACAUGCGAGCGCAACGGAGUCGUCACCGAGCCGUCAGCUCGGUGACGACUCCGUUUCCCCUCCACGACGAUUUGCACUUGCGCCGCGUUGUGCGGGGCGCGCGCGUUGGGAGCACGGGGGCCCCGUGCCGUUGCGUACAAAUAUUUCUGUCCCUCUUCUGCCGUCGUCGCUGCCGUCGUCGUAUAAAAAAACUUGGCGGGGCGACGGGGCCUCCGCACGCGUCCAAAUCCUCGCGACGGAUUCGAGCGAACGCGCCGACUCGCCAUGGGUGGGGGCUGUCUUGAAAAUCGAAUUUCUGUCUUCGAAAACGAAUUUAUUUAGAACUUCUUCUUUUGUUUAGUCUGUUGUCCUUCCCCCGAACCUCCGAUUAGCAUGGUUGGCUACGUACGGAAUGUCAACGUACGUACAUUACUUACAAAUGUGCUUCCACAUCAACGUGGGGGCUGACCUGGCGGCGAGUGGGGGGGGUCUGCUAUGCAUCCCUUAUGUUUUCUGUCUUUAUAAGCCCCAGCCACCUUUCACCCAGCCGCCACGGGAACAUUGUCACUACAAAGGGGAUGCAAGUCAACCACGCCGCUCUGAACGGAACUACGAGGAGGGGCAGUGGCAUGGCCGGGUGGUGGUGUGGCCGCAGGGUGGUGUGGCCGAGUGGUGGUGUGGAUGAGCGGUGGCAUGGCCGAAUGGUGGUGUGCUUGAGGGGUGACGUGGCCAGGUGGUGGCAUGGCCGGGUGAUAGCAUGGCCGGGUGAUAGCAUGGGUGGUAGGUGGGUGGGCGGGUGAUAGCAUGGCCGGGUGAUAAUGUGGUCGGUAGGUGGUGUGGCCGGGUUAUAGCAUGGCCGGGUGAUAGCGUGGGUGGUAGGUGGUGUGGGCGGGUGAUAGCAUGGCCGAGUGAUAGCGUGGUUGGUAGGUGGUGUGGCCGGGUGAUAGCAUGGCUGGGUGAUAGCGUGGGUGGUAGGUGGUGUGGGCGGGUGAUAGCGUGGGUGGUAGGUGGUGUGGGCGGGUGAUAGCGUGGGCGGUAGGUGGUGUGGCCAGGUAAUAGCAUGGCCAGGUGAUAGCGUGGGCGGUAGGUGGUGUGGCCGGGUGAUAGCAUGGCCGGGUGAUAGCGUGGGCGGUAGGUGGUGUGGACAUGUGGUAUAUCACCUUUGCCGUUUGUUUGAGAGGUUUAUGGUUCAAGUUCCCCUGGCUGCCCCGGUGAAUACUGCCAGGCGUAUUAGCCUCUAAAUACGUGCCCUCUGCAUCACAGUGGCCGUUAUAGACCCCAUGGUUGUUAUUACAAACGCUGUAGGCCACCCACGUGCACUGGCGGCAUUGUCCGAAUUUACACAACUACUCACAAAUGACUGAACUGGAAUCACCAAUAACAUCACAGCCUCCUGCUGGCAGACUAAUGCCCACUUUCUUGUUGCAUACAUCUUGUGGUGCACACAGACAGCUGCCAUUCGGGGGGUCCCCUAGGCUAAAAUUAAAAGUGCAGCUGGGCAACGGAACGAUUGAGGUGCGUUGUAAGGUGCUCCGAGAUGCCGGGGCAUGUAGGUGCUCGGACUCACCCUUAUCCUUAAAUGAACAAGAUUGGGCCUUGCGACAGUCUUCUGAAGCGAUAGACAAGCGACGGAGGCGGUGGUUCGGAACUGUUUACAAAUGCAGGGUACGGAGCGCCAGCGGGUGGCUCGCUCACAUCAUACCACGCAGCACCAGGGUUACCCAUUGCAUCGGAUUCCGUUUAAUUUUUUAGUUGAUUCCCUGCAUCUGCCUAACCCUCGACUCGAAGUUGUCUCUCCGAGCCCCAGAGAUGUAUUCAGGAGAUGAACUUCGAGCCGAUCGUAACUACAAGACUCGCCACACUUGAACGUAGGGAUCUUCCCCUCCUGCAACAGGGCCAGGCAGAAAUUUAUAAUUUUUUAACAUUUACAUUUUUUGAAAAAAAAUAAAUGUUGUAAAUAAUAAUAUCAAAGUAUAUAUACGUAUAACCCUAAUUGCCGCACGGAUGUCACGGGAAGUCUUUGAUACCCUAAUUGUUGUACUGACCAGGCACAGAAGUGGAAUGUGAAGGUAAUUGAUUUAACGGAGUACUGCUGCUGCAGGUGAAAUAUUAUUGGUUAAUCCGCAAA